UAGAGCCGCUGUGAUUUUAUCCCGAUGACCGAGCGCUCAGAUUUUGGGUGGUGGCUGUUUGUAUAGCUGGAAGUCGACAAGUGCUGUGGAAUGCGGUUUGUUAGAUCGGGUUUUCGAGUCUUUUUCAGGUCGUAGUUUGAACUUUCUAGUUUUUUUGUUGCUUCUCCGUUUUCCCGGCGCGGAGAUAAACCCGUUAAACCGGGUGAAGGAGCUGCUUUAUUUGCUGAUCCACAGCACCGCUCCUUUACUCCACUGCUCCUAAAGCUGACUCGCUCAGUAGCCAAGUCCGAGCGAGAGGACACCCUUCACAAAUGCAGGCCAUAAAGUGUGUGGUCGUCGGCGACGGAGCCGUCGGAAAAACAUGCCUCCUGAUCAGCUACACCACCAAUGCUUUCCCCGGGGAGUACAUCCCCACAGUAUUUGAUAAUUAUUCUGCAAAUGUGAUGGUCGAUGGGAAACCAGUGAAUCUGGGGCUAUGGGAUACAGCAGGACAGGAGGACUAUGACAGACUCAGACCGCUCUCCUAUCCUCAAACGGAUGUGUUUUUGAUUUGCUUCUCACUUGUGAGCCCUGCCUCGUUUGAGAAUGUUCGUGCCAAGUGGUAUCCUGAGGUCAGACAUCACUGCCCCAAUACCCCAAUCAUUCUUGUUGGGACCAAGCUUGAUUUAAGAGACGACAAGGACACUAUUGAGAAGCUGAAAGAGAAGAAGCUCACUCCCAUCACGUACCCUCAAGGCCUUGCUAUGGCUAAGGAAAUCGGAGCUGUAAAGUAUCUGGAGUGCUCAGCCUUAACUCAGCGUGGCCUUAAGACAGUGUUUGACGAAGCCAUCCGUGCAGUACUGUGCCCACCGCCAGUCAAGAAGAGGAAGAGGAAGUGUUUGCUGCUCUGAAGUGACCAAGCACGAAUACAUACAUCAGCUGCAAUCUGAGCUCACCUGAGAAGAGGAGUCAGGAACGGUGGGGAGUAUGUGUAAGGGGCACGAGGGAAGACUCUGUGAUGAAUCAUACCCAUACAAAUAUGUCUCUCUCACUCAUGUAUUGCAAUUAGACUUACUUCUGUAUAACUGACUCUAUCUUAGGCUACUCCUGGAGGCUCCGUACUCGUCUCCAGGAGAUGGUGGAUGGCUUUUCCUAGUUAAUGUCCCCUCACACUAAGAAAUUCCUGCUGCCUUCUAAUAAUGUACUUUUUCAUGUUUAUGUAAACUUAAACAAAACACUCCUUUCUUUAUUUUCUUCCCUCCAUGUCACAACAUAUAUUUUGUUCUUUUUGCUUUUAUUACUUUCUUUUUUUUCUUCUUUUUUUUUUCAUAGAAAAUGAAGAAUUGCCAAAACCUAAACCUACCUGUAAUGGCUUUUACUUUAAAAAGGGCACACUAAACUUGAAACCCUUAGGCAACAACUAAUUCCUAGAACUCUUGAAGAAAGACACUUACAUGGACAGUACAGUAGUUUCUGACAGUUAUUAAUUUUGUGUUUGUUUUGAAUUUAGUAUGUGUGGUCAGGCACUUGCUUUACCAAUAUUAAGCCAGCAAAACACAUAUUUGUUGUUUUACUGCUGUCUGGGCACAAAUUUGGCUCAUGUCAUCAUAUAUUUAGUCAGAGAGCCAUUAUCAGAGUUAGAAGUUUUUAUUAAUCUACCACAGUAUUGUACAAAGACUGUACUUCAUUUGAUUACAGCAAUAUCCUCUAUAAUCCUAUAAAAUCAGAGGCAAAUCAACACUGCAUAUAUUUAGGGAGUAAGAAAUGUGUCCAUCAGUUAAGCAGCCAAGAAUCUCAGAUCAUCAAAUGAAAUGGAAAUAAUACUCACAGAACACAUUUGAAGUCUAUUCUGUAGGUGGAUAAAUAAUGAAGUAAUCAAGUUUGUUUCCCAAUGCAAUUUUUACAAAAAUAAAUCUCAUCUUACUCUG